AUGCUGAAGUUCUUCUCUGCGCGGGAUGAUGAGAAUGAAAGCCUUUUGGGAGCAAUAACUGAGGAUGAAGGAGACAGUCAGUCUCUUCAGGACACCAAGCACCACUGGCUGAACAGACCCUGCCUGUUGGUGCUCAAAGAUGGGGAUGUGUCAAAACCAGGACUGGGAUGUGGCCAAAUACGAGCAGAAUCUCCGUCCAAGACCUCCUCAGACGCGACCGUCAGGAGCAGCUUUGGGCCAUGUGAGCAGAUGCCAUCUGAACAUCCUGCCAACGCUGCUUCACCCUCCCAGCUGGAGGAAGGCAGCUGCACUGUGACUGCCAUCUCCACAUGGGGUGACAGUUGUUUUGGAGAAUCUUCCAGCUCCUUGGUGCUGAGCCCCGCUGAGGCUGCGUGGCCAGAAGAGGAGGAUGAGUCAGCGGAGGAGAAGAAAGCCGUCCCUUCAAAGGAAGACUCUGUAAUUGAGGAGAAGGAGCUGGAGGAGAGCAGGCUCGAGCAGCAAGAGCAGUCCUGCAGCUCAGAGGCGGCUGCAGCACCCUCUACUCUCUCACAUGAGGAGACAUGCGGCAAGGGGUUCAGAAAGCUCGAGGGCCGGUUUAAGAUGGGCAGGUCGAGUGGAGAAGAUGAGACAGACAGCAGCAAGGCCCAGGCAGCCAGUGGGGAGGGAGCGAUGGGCGACUCUGCAGCUUCCCCAGUGGAUCCUGAUAAUGACUCCCAGCUGAGCCCUGUUGGUAUUCUGUCCAAGGAUCGAGGCACUGUCCUCGGCGAGGUAGCUCCAGUGUGGGUCCCUGAUGCUCAGGCGCAGGUCUGCAUGAAGUGUGGGGUCAAGUUUACGUUUACUAAGAGGAGGCACCACUGCCGUGCUUGCGGGAAGGUUUUUUGUGGACUCUGCUCCAAUCUGAAAUUCAGACUCACGCAUCUGGAUGGGACGCCUCCAAGGGGAAAAAGGAGGGUGUGGUUUGCAGAUGAGAUCCUCAAUAAGCAGUCAGCGUCUGCGCCGACCACACCAGUCAGAGGGCCUACAUUCUCACCGCUGAUGAAACGAGCGCUGGGCGGGCUGGUUAAAAGUCCUGUGGGUUCACCACAGAUCAGGAGAGCCUUGCGGCCACAUGGGACAAAUAUCAAUGAGGCCUGUGGUCCUUAUGGCUGGGGUACCACAGCUUUAGUGAGCAACUCUGCCAACCUCAUACCCCUUGUGGGCCUGCCACCCAUCCUCACCUCCACGGGAGUCAAAGGAGAUUACACCGUGGAGGAGCGGCCCUCUGAGAUGUUGCUUAUCCAGGAGUUAGAGAGUGGCAGGCCCAAGCCCCUGGUGUUUGUCCUCAACGCCAACCUGCUUGCUAUGGUCAAGCUGGUCAACUAUGUUAACAGAAAGUGCUGGUGCGUAACGACAAAGGGAAUGCAUGCUGUGGGCCAGGUGGAGGUGGUGGUGCUGCUGCAGUGCCUGCCUGAAGAGAAAAGCUUCCCCAAAGACAUUUUCAGUCACUUCAUCCAGCUGUACAGGGACACCGUCACAGGAAAGGUUGUGAAACACCUGUCGCUGUCCUUGUUCGGCAGUACUUUCCUGGGCACUGAGGAUCAUGCGGGCUUCUUGUACAUUCGUUCCACUCUCCAGUCCCUUCAAGGUCUACCUCUGCCAAACCAGCCCUACCUCUUUGGCCUGCUGGUCCACAGAGCAGAGGUGGCCUGGGCCAAAGCCUUUCCCUUGCGUCUCAUGCUGCGACUGGGGGCCGAAUACAGAUUUUACCCGUGCCCUCUGUACAGCGUGCGCUUUAGGAAGCCCUUGUUUGGGGAAAUAGGCCACACCAUAAUGAGACUGCUAGUAGACUUUAGGAAUUACCGCUACAGCCUACCAAUGGUGCCAGGGCUCACUGUGGAUCUAGAGGCUCAGAGAACCUGCAUAAAGAUACCAACCACUGGGUAUAAUGAACUAAUGACGGCUCUGAAUAAGUCCAAUGAGCAUGUGCUGGCCAUUGGGGCGUGCUUCAAUGAGACGGCAGACUCCCACCUCAUCUGUGUGCAAGGAGAUGAUGGCCAGUACCAGACGCAAGCCAUCAGCAUCCACAAUCAGCCACGCAAAGUAACUGGAUCAUGCUUUUUUAUAUUCAGUAGUGCACUGAAAUCGUCUGCAGGAUACCUCGCCAAGUCCAGCAUCGUAGAAGAUGGGUUAAUGGUGCAGAUCACUGUGGAAACCAUGGCGGAGCUUCGCCGGUCGCUACGGGAGAUGAAAGACUACACCGUCACCUGUGGACGGCUUGACCAAUCAGACAGCCAGGAGCUUGUUUGUGUACAAUGGGUGGAGGAGAAAUGCACUAUGAAUAAGGGAGUUAUAAGCCCCAUCGAUGGGAAAUCCAUGGAGUCCAUCAGCAGUCUGAAAAUGUUCCAGAAGUCAGAAUACAAAGAAAAUGGGAAGAUUAUCCGCUGGACAGAGGUGUUCUUCCUGCAGAGGGGGGAUCAUGCCAAAGGAGGAGUGAGUGACUCUGCUGAACACAACCGGUUAACGGAGCGGAUCGCCCGGACGUUUUGCUUGGCACUGUGUCCACACCUCAAAUUGUUGAAAGAGGACGGGAUGGCCAAACUGGGGCUGCGAGUCGCUUUUGACUCUCAAGAGGUGGGAUAUGUGGCCGGGAGCAAUGGGCAGCCCCUCCCAGCUCAGUACCUCAACACCCUGGACAGCACGCUGAUCCCCGUCAUUCACAGCAGGGGGCGCAAGAGAGACGACGAGCCUAUAGUGAUGGAGCUCAUCUUUUACAUCCUGGAGAACAUCACUUAGAGUGCACAUACCCCACCGUUUCAUCUUUUUAACCCCGACCACAACUCUUUCUCCGGCACUUCUCAUCAGUGCUGCCAUCGGUUUCAGGGCAAUAGAAGCAUUCAAAGGGCAAACCAGACCACAUCCAAGGUCUGCAUCCAUCGCAUCCACUCACGAGUAGAGAGAAGUGGUUUGACUCUUAGUGGUUUACUGAUCUCACCCUGCCCUGCAGCAGACAAUCUGGGUACGCAUGAAACCUAGGAUGGACCAUCAGAUCAGGGUGCAGCACUGCACUGUACAGUAAUAGCAACUUCAUAGCUUGAUAUCAUUCAUGUCACAGUCUUCAAUGCAAAAUCCUAUCUGAAGAAUAACCUUUAAAGUGGGAGCUGAAUUUAGGCCCACAAACUUAAAGCAGAGAGAAAAAGAGUGAAGUCUUCGAGGUACUGUAUGUAGUAGAUUUGAUGCAGACUGAAUGAAUGCCUAAAGAAUGUUUUCAUACUGGAUGUAUUUUAAUGCUCAUGAAAUGUAAUGUCAGCCUGGAAAUAAACUUGCAACAAUGA